UGGGGCUCCCGGGCAAUAGGGGAUCAUGGGGCCCCUGUGUCCUUGCCCAAACUCAAAAAAGCCUAUGAAAAAGGUACCAGGGGCAUCUCAUGGGGCCCCCUACUGACCCCGGGCCCUCGGGCAGUGCCCGAGUUUCCAAAUGGUCAGUCCGCCCCUGUUUAUGGUUGCAUUUUGUGAAUGGCCUACAUCUUGUGCAUUGUUAGUGGUUCAUGCCUUGUAUGUUGUAAAUGGUUCAUGGUUGUAUUUUGUGUGGCCUACAUCUUGUGCAUUGUGAGUGGUUCAUGCCUUGUAUGUUGUAAAUGGUUCAUGGU